AUGUCAAAUAACCAAAGCGCUGUAGGUGCCAAUGAUGCUCUUCUUGACGCCGGUGAUAUCACCUGGUUUCACGAUGCUGAUGAUGAUACUCCGCUCCCUACUUCUCAUAUGCCUUUGCCACCCCCUGCCAUCAUGAUUGCUGGCUCAUGUUGCUCUGCUCGUGUUCCACGUCCUGCCUCCAAGCUUGUUGACCCCAACAAUGCUGUCUUGGGCAAACACAAAGCUACUAGACAGCGAGUGGUAUUUACUGAGGAUGAAUCUGAAGAUGCAGUUGCCGAAGACCCUGAGUGGGAUGAUGCCAACAAAGUACUAACUUAUGCAGGUACUGCAACUGACAUGGAUACACGUACUGAUGACGACACCCCAUCAACAUAUCAACAAACUAAAGAGAUGGGUGACGCAGACCGUGAGGGUGCCAAACAGUGUAAAAGUGACUUGACCACUGACAUUCGUACAAUAUUCACUUGUGAGUCGAACACUAUCAACCCUGAUACUGGAAAGAAAGAGGAUGGGCACUGGUGUGAGGUCUGCAAGGCAAAUGGUCUUGCUCGGAAGUUUAGUUUUUUGAAGGGCAGUGUCACUUCCCUUCAAGCUCAUAUUCAGAGGCAUAAGGACCACACAAAGCUCUACAAAGAUUGA